GCGCCAUGUAGUCAAGUUAAACUUUAAACAUCCAACGUCUAACGUCUACAUCCACAUCCGAAUCGAAGCCAAGCUCUUGCGAGCCGCAAUAAAGUUUCAGUUUCAUUUUACCUUUGCUAACGAACGGUUGCCGUGAAAAGAGGAGAAAAGUUGCGCUGCUUCAGCAAAACGGCAAACGGCAGAGGUCUCUACACGGCUUUCCUCAUCCAUCUAUCGAUCCAAGCGGAAAAUGUUCCGAGCUAAUUGCACCCAUACACUCGCAUGAGAAGUGCAAAGGCAAAGGUUGUGAGGGGGGAGAAAAAUAGCAAAAUAUUCUUGUGAUGUUUUCAGGGCUGCUUUGCUGGUGUAGUCAGUGUUUCUCUGCGUUAGCCCGUGCUGGCUCGUUUUCGGUAUCGCCGUGGAACGACGGUCGCUAGUGAAGUGUGUCCACAGGAAGUGUGUUGUAAUAAUCGAAAUUAAUGAAUGGAACGUAAUUUGAAAUAAAAUCCAAGUAUUUGAACAACAGAAACAACAACUACAACAACAAUAAAAAAAAAACAAAUAUAACUGUAAUUGUGUUGUGAUAGCAGUGUGAAGUUUGCGAAUAUUAGCGGGAGGUUGAAGGGUGUCGAACGCCCCCUCCCCCCACACCUACAUACAUUGUUGGUUGUGGUGUGUGGUAUGGAAACUAUGGAAGUUGCCUCGUGCGCUAGAUGGUUGCAGAUAGAAAAUGUGAACACUUAUUCUCGCAUGUGUGAUUGUGUGAGAGCAAGACCUUUGGAUAUUAAAAUUUCACACUUGGCGCGACGAGAAAAUGUAUUGCACCAAAGAUUGUAACUGUAGUCUAUGCCGUGAAUUGAGGGGUUACAAGCCGGGCAAGAAUGUUAAGAGACCCGCUCCCCGUCCCCCAACCUCAUCGAUUUUUGGUCGUCUGAAUGAGAAUUUUAUAUUGCGUCGCCGCGGUUCCAGUUCCAUCAAGACAUUUCAGCCACAAUCGCUGAAGUGCAGCGAAAUGUGCCAACAACGUGAUAUGGGUCAUAUUUAUGAUUUCUGUCAGCGCCAAGCCCAGACGCCUUCACCCACGCCUGUGACGCAAGCCCCACCAUCGCCGCUGUCCUCGCAUUGCGGCAGCAUAAUCAAAGACCACAAACCGCCGACACCGCCUAAACCCAAUCACAAGGUUGUCAUCUACUUUGGCGACUCAUUGGCUCACCGUUCUAAAACCAACACCGCCGAUGAGGCGGCUGUGUCGUUGACACCCGUAGUGCAAUACAAUACCGCAGAUCUUGUGGCACAGACGCCACAGAAUGAGAUCACAUCAAUGGACGAUGAAUUACCACCGUACAUUGAGAGUGUGCAGAAUGGCGUAAUUAAUAUAAAGAUUGAAGGCAACUAUCUGCAGGCCACUGCUCUCGUUGACAGAGUGUCGAAGCCAUCUCAAGCUGUUGUGGGAAAACCCAAAGAUAAGGAUGACAAUACGGGAGAUGGACUUCGGGCGAAUAGCGACAUCGACGAAGAAGCAGUUGGAGUGGGCGAUUGGAGUUUCGUUCAAGGAUGGAGAGCACGACCCGUUGGAAACAUGCGCCCAGAUAUCUGCAGCCAACGAGCCAGUGCUCCUUUUUCUUACACAUCAGGGUUGCCGGCGACGACAACACCAAGUGCCAAUGUUGGUCAAAUGGCCAGUGGUUUGCAAAGCGGUUCCUCGAACUCUGGCCGUAUACAUAGCCCGGCAGUGGCAACGCCGGCGCCUAGAAUUUCCAAGGAAGUUGCCCAGCGACCAGCGACAACAAACCACCUAGGAGGCCAUAGCGUGACCACACCCACGCCUUUGAAUGUAUCAACGCACAAUUCGUCUUUUCUGGAAUCAGGAGGAGCAACAAAGACGAAUACUUCGAGUGGGGCACAAAAUGGUAUUGGAGCUUGCAAAGCGGGUCCCCAACGAGCUGUCGCUGGUCCAGCUCGACUCACAGUGCAAAGCACUCCCGUGAGAUCACAGCCACCCAUGCUAAGUGGCAGCCUUUGCCAGCAGCCGAACGCAAGUUCUACCACAAGGUGUGCCGACAGGAAUGGCCUUGAUUUCAGUGCGGCCGGUAUUGGAAUACCCAUUGAGGGAGGUUUUCAACAGAGCCCGAAUAAUUCAUCGAAAGCAAAUCAUUCGACGCGCACCCAUCACCAUGAGUUUAGGGCUUUGGAACGUGUCAAAGAGUGCCACAGUUCAUCGGAUGAGAAUAGGUCUUCUGGUCAUGCAAGCAUGUCGGAUACGGGCGGCCAUGGCAGUUCUUCUCCUGGUGGCGUAGCCUUGGGCCCUUUGCCUGAGGAUCGGCUGGCUUCGGGAGUCACAAAUCGAAGUACACGCUCCCGAACAACAACCAAUCACUCCCGUGCAAGACAUCGUGCCACCCCCGCAAAGGCCCCCUGGAGUGGAAAUGGUCUGGAGGAUAUCAAGAUUGCAAUACAACAACUGACCAUGAGAUCUCAAACCAGCACCAGUACCUACAGCAGCAUAAGCGCCGGCUCAGAGAGCUCUGAACCAGCAAGACGCUUAGGACGUUAUGCCUCGGUGGAGACCGUGAACACGAAUGUCACCAAUGCCGAUGAGUUUGUUUGGGUGGAUUCCCACAAUCGUUUAGUGGAAUUGCAGCACCCUCCCUGGAGUCAGCACUGCAUUGUUAGGGUGCUGCGCGACGGCCGAUGCAAAGAGUAUGCGGAGCGAGUAUCCCCAGAUGCUUUGUCUCGUCUAGGGUAUCUGCUGCAGAGAGCCCUGGUACGCAUCGCCCGGGAAAUACAGAGGCUCUCCUCAAAUCUGGGCAUGUGCUCCAAGCAGGAGGUGGCCGGAGCCUUUAAAAUAGUACUUUGCCCGAUUUUGGCUGAUUCCUGUAUAAAGGCUUGCCUUCGCGCCGCAGCUAUGUUUGCCGUUCCCGGUGACAGUGCCCUCAAACAAAGUAAAUCUUCAAGAGCUGGUAUCCAAUUGUCGGUGGGAAGAUUUCAUCGCUGGAUGACGGACUCCAGACUGGGGAAAUUUAUUCAUGAAUAUGCUGCCGUUUAUCUGUGUGCAGGCAUAGAGAAUCUUCUGGAGGAGAUUCUGCUUCAGUGCUUCCCUGCCGAUUCCAGUCAACAGCUUACAGCUGCAGCCUUAGAGCACACCAUAUCGCUAUCGGGCGAUAUGUGGGGCUUGCUGCAACCAUUUGCUCAUCUGAAUGCUGGACGCAUAGCUUCGGGAGCACUAACAAUGCCGCGCUGGGCAAGCCAAUCAUCGCUAGGGUCGGGCACUCACAAAAGCGGUUCCUCUGCGGGAAGCACCAACAUAUCGCUGGAACCUUGUCUACUAACCACAUGUGUGGGAAGCGUCACAGAGCUAAAGGAGUUGGCGCUCAGAGCCCAACAAAAGUUCCAGCAUUGUGCGAUUUCAAGUCCUGCUCUCUCGGCUCUUUUCUAUUUCAUGCGCUGCUCUCAACUUGAGCACAGUGAGUUUAGUGGGCAGCAGCAGGUGACAGGCGUGGGCAAUAACAACAGCAAUGCCAACAGCACUCAGAACAUACAAGAAUUGUGCUAUGAAAGGGCUUAUGUGGUGUUGCCACCCCUGGUGGAAUGGUUGCGAGUUGCCUCGGCUCACGCGGAAUAUCGCAAUGCUGUCAUGAUCGACAAAGACGACAUAAUGCAGGCGGCUAGGCUGCUUCUGCCUGGAGUGGACUGCCCCAUGCGGCCUGUGUGCAGCGACGAAGAGCUUCCCACCAAGAAGUCGCACUUCCCCCAUUUGUCCAGCACGACUGCCAUACCAUCCAGUAUAAGCGAAGACACAACGGAGUUGGGAAAACGGGCCACCACCACAUUGGCCUUUAAGCUCAUGUUGACGGGGCGAGCGGAACUCCUGGCGCAGGCUUCGAAUUUAUUGCCACCUACGACUCGCUAUGAUACCCUCAACCAUGCCGGAAUGACGGCGUUGAUGAUUGCGAGCAUACGAAACGAAGACGUUGUCAUACAGGCCCUUUUAGACGCGGGCUGCGAGCCAAAUAUCGAGGUUCCAGCGACCGGAAAUGCCAACUUUCCGGCCAUACAUCCUGAUACUCAACAUUGGACAGCUGUGACAUUCGCUGCCAGUAGAGGCAAUUACGCAGCUCUUCGACUCCUGUUGGAACGUGGCGGCAAGGUGGAAGGCGGAGCAAGACAAAGUGAAGAUAAGCACACCCUUACUCCGCUGCAGGUCGCUUGUGGAUCUGGCAAUGUCGAGGUGGUAUCUCUGCUGUUGCUGCACGGAGCCAAUGCUUUCCUCUCGACACAGCAGAAGGACUCGAUGAGCUUCGCAGGAUCAGCUCAACGGGGUUGUUAUUGUGCAAUAUCUGUGGCAGCGGCCCACGGACAACGGUCAGUAUUGAGGAAACUUCUUUCCACACCUAUUUCGCAGGGAUCCAAGGACGUCCUCUCCUUGGAAGAAAUGUUGGCCGAGGGUGAUUGCACCAAUGCUCGUUCGGGCACCGUGGCCGAUCGUUUGACCAGCAGCGAAAUAGCCACCACUCUGAGUAAAACCCAGAUAAAAAGCCUCCAGGAGGCCAUGUACCACAGUGCCGAAAACAAUCACUUGGAUAUCACCAUUGAACUGAGGACUUUGGGGGUCCCUUGGACACUUCACUGUUGGAUGCAUGCGUUGGCAGCGGCUCAUGAGCUGCGCCUGGAAGGUGUCAUUGAUCAACUGCUGCAGGACUUUCUCCAAGUGUGUCCCGAUGACUACAGUGUGCAAUUUGUCGGCGAGUGUCUGCCACUGCUCUUCAAUAUAUUCCGUUACAGCAAAAACGAGGGCACCACGCUUCUCCUGGCCGAUAUAUUUGCCACUUGCUUUGGCUGGCAGCAGAUUAAGCCUAUCAAAGAGCCUGCCUCUCAACCCAUCAACAGUUCGCGAAUCGAUCCGAAAUUCGUAAACAAUCCCGAAUUGAGCGAUGUCAUAUUCAGAGUGGAGGGAAAGGUUUUCUAUGGCCAUAAAAUCGUCCUGGUAACAGCAUCACCGCGAUUCCAGAGCAUGCUGAGCUCAAAGCUGAGCGAUAACACCACCCCCACUGUUCAAAUUAACGACAUCCGCUACCACAUAUUUCAGCUGGUAAUGCAGUAUUUGUACAGCGGGGGGUGCACGAACCUCGAUGUCUCCAAGACGGAUGUGCUUGAGUUAAUGGCCGCCGCAAGUUUCUUUCAGCUGGAGGGUCUAUUGCGCUACACCGAAUCUCGGUGCUCUGAUAUGAUCGACAUAGACAAUGUGGUGGCCAUGUACAUUCAUGCCAAGGUCUACAAUGCCAUCAAACUUUUGGAAUUCUGUCAAGGAUUUCUGUUGCAGAACAUGGUGGCCCUACUAACAUACGAUGACUCUGUGAAGCGAUUGCUGUUUGCAAAGAAGAUUCCCAACCAUGACGUUCUCACAGGCCUGCUGCAGGCUCUGCAACAACGUAUCAAGGAACGCAAAUCAAUGGGCCCUUGCAAUUUCCGCCACCAAUUGAGUUCCCCCACCGUCGCUGCAUCGGCAUCAGCAACAGCAGCAUCAGCGGCCGCAAACAGUUCUAAGUGAAAUCGUCAUCGAAACCCGUUGCACUUCCUACAAGACUCUGUUGAACAAUUUUAGUUAUUUAGUUUUAGACAUCUUGAGCUAUGUAUGUUUGUAUGUAGCAUGUAUCUGUAUCUUGUAAAUCUCUAUGUUUAAAUGUAUCUAUGCAGCCUGUAUCGCGCUAACGCUCUAAUGUAAAGAAACUUUGUAUUAUGUCUCUAUGUUCUUCCAAUAAUAGAAUCAUUCCUUUAUUUAUUUAAAUUAAAA